UGAUUGGCGGGCGGCUUUAAAGCGGGCGCGGGGCGGCUUCGCCUGUAGUUCUCCCCCCCUCCCGCCGAGCUUUAGGCCACGCCCCUCCCGACCCUUACCUCAGGCGAGGCCUGGUUGGGCUUUCCCCCCCCUCCUUUUUGUGGGGAGGGUUGUCAGAGCCCCCCCUUAGGGCAGAAAGGGGGCACCCCCUUUACCCCCUCCCUCACAAUUGGGGUCCCCUUUUCCUCCCCCCUCCUCCUUUUUUUGCCCCCUCACUCAUUUUUAAGUCAUUUUGGAGGUGGGGGGUCGACCCAACUCUCUUUCUCCCCCCUCUUCUCAUUGGGAAGAUAAUUUUGAUUUUCCCCCUCUUCUAAGCCCCCCUUUUAAAAAUUGGGGAGCUUGAUGAUAAUUGGCAAAAUUCGAUAAUUGGCAGAAUUAUAUGUUUUAUAUAUAUAUAUUUAUGGUCAUGCUUCCCUGUCCCUCCCUUCUUUGUUGUGACUUCGAGACAAACCCACCCACCCAUCCCCAAUUCAGGAGGGGGAAAAAAUAAAUAAAUCAUCUUUCUGCUCCUUCCUGGCCAAGCCUUGAAGAACCACCUCUUUUUGGGUGGCAUCAGUUUCCUUCUUUUUUAAAAUAUCUAUAUUUUCUUGGGGGUGGGGGGAAAUCCCCCUUGCCAGCCUACCUUAUUUUCUGCUUUGCUGAAAUCCCCCCCCCCUUUACUUAGAGGCCAUCUCAUCUUUAGGGUUGCAUUUUCCGCCCUAUUCUAAUCAAGGAUAAUUACCAUUUCUUCCCUGCCCUCCCCCCCUUCUGGAAAUUCACCUCUUCCUCCCCAUUUUGCUCUACCUUGGAAAAAGGGUGUGAUCCUGCCUGCCUUCUUGGCUUCCUCCAGGGAGAAAACCACCCCCUCCCCAUUGACAGACACCUUUUUCUUCAAGGGAGGACCACCUCCCCUGUUCCAUAAUUAGGGCUAAUUAUAUAUUUUACAAGGUGGAGGAAAAGGACACCAAUUUCUUCCCCUUUGGAGGGGGCAAGCCUGCCUCGAAGGCCAGCAUUUACUCCUUUGGGGGGGAGGGCAUCCUUUUAAAUUAGGAAUAAUUACAUAUUUUCUAGAGCCAGCUGCAGCAAUUAUUUCUCUUUCUCCCAGCUCUCUCUUCUUCUUGGAACAAAUUGCUUUUCCUUGCCAUUUUUCUUUCUUUCAUUCUCCUGCAACAUCUUUUUUUUGGGGGGGGGGACGAGGGAGAAUUUUGCCUCUUUCUCAGUACAAGUGAGAUUUUGGAGUAACAGCAUUCCAUAGGGUGAGAUAUACUUCCCUUGUUUAAAAUCAGGAAUAGCACAGCAGUUGGAGUGGGUGUUGUGUCUGUCCUCCAACAACAGAAACACAGAGAGAUUUUAUUAGUUGGGGGCCUUUUCCUCACUGCCUGUUAGCUGUUUUCCCCACCCGGUUUCAAGGACAGGAUCUUUACUGUGAGUCUUGCUACCAGCUUGAAGCAACAUUAUUUAAAACCUCCGGGUUUUUAAACUUCCACAACAGUGCAGGAAACUACCCGUGUCCUCUUUUCCUCCAAGAAUUUGGGCAGCAUGAAUUUUUCCGAGGCAUUUAAAGUCUCCAAUCAGUUGUUCAAGUUCUCUCCGGAUGGAAAAUGCCUGGCAUCAGGUGUGCAGUACCGUUUGGUGGUUCGGGACGUGAAUACGCUCCAAAUCCUGCAACUUUUCACCUGUCUCGACCAAAUCCAGCACAUAGAAUGGUCUUCUGAUUCUCUCUUUAUAUUAUGUGCAAUGUACAGACGUGGACUCGUCCAAGUCUGGUCCUUGGAGCAACCCGAAUGGCACUGCAAGAUUGACGAGGGUUCGGCAGGGCUGGUGGCUUCUUGCUGGAGCCCCGACGGCCGUCACAUUCUUAACACGACGGAGUUCCAUCUGCGGAUAACGGUCUGGUCCUUGUGUACGAAAUCUGUGUCUUAUAUCAAAUAUCCCAAGGCCUGUCAGCAGGGCAUCGCAUUCACCAAGGAUGGCCGCUACAUGGCCCUGGCUGAGAGGAGAGACUGCAGAGACUACAUCAGCCUCUUUGUGUGCAGCGACUGGCAGCUUCUAAGGCAUUUUGAGACUGAAACUCAGGACGUGGCUGGGAUUGAGUGGGCCCCAAAUGGCUGUGUGUUGGCGGUGUGGGACAGCUGCCUUGAGUAUAAAGUUUUGCUGUACUCACUCGAUGGCCGUCUGCUGUUCACCUACUGUGCUUAUGAGUGGUCACUGGGCAUUAAAUCUAUAGCCUGGAGCCCUAGCAGUCAGUUCCUGGCGGUCAGCAGCUACGAUGAAAAGGUGCGAAUUCUGAAUCAUGUGACCUGGAAGAAAAUAGCAGAGUUUGAGCAUCCUGUGAACCUUGUUAGCCCAAAGAUAGUUGUUUAUAAGGAAGUGGAGAAGUCCCCUGCUGUGGAGGUGGAGAAGCUUGCCUUCCCUCCUACCAAGAAAAUGGCAAGCUCCUUAUUCAGCACAAAGAGUAAAUAUGAAAUUGUCCAGACCCCCGUUUCUUUGCUUUCCGUAAAACCUGCAGUUGAUCGGGCGAAUCCUAAAAUCGGAGUCGGAAUGUUGGCUUUCAGCUCAGAUAACUGUUUCUUAGCAACCAGAAAUGACAACCUUCCCAAUGCGGUCUGGAUCUGGGAUAUCCAAAAGAUGAAGCUGUUUGUUGUCCUGGAGCAUCUGUGUCCCGUCCAGCUCUUCCACUGGGAUCCUCGACAGUCCCGGCUUGCUGUUUGUACUGGAAACAGCCGAGUCUACCUCUGGUCCCCGGCGGGAUGUGUGUCUGUUCAGGUACCAAUGGAAGGGGACUUCCAGGUGACGUCUCUGUGCUGGCACUCGAGCGGCGACUCUUUGGCUCUUCUGAGUAAAGAUAACUUCUGCAUGUGCUACUUGGAGAAGCAAGAGGGAGAAGCGAAAUAGCGACACCCAAAGCAAAGCUAAGUGAACAUGGACCCUUGUUUUUUGU